AUGACAGGCAAGGGCAAGUCCCGUUGGGCAGACAGCGCAGAAGACGCCGCACUUGAAGCCCAAUUGAAGAAGGAAAAGGAAGAAAAGAAGCGCCUAAAGGCGGAAAAGGCACGCAAAGCUGCCGAAGCCGAAAAGAAGAAGCGUGAAGCUGAAGCUGCGGCGGCGGCGCAACGACGACAACAACAUCAAACCGGUGAUGACGAUGACGAUGCCAAUGGGCCCCCAGCUAAGCGACGAAGACUCUCGCCGGACCGCGACGCACCACCACCAUCACAAGCAGCAUCAACAGCGAGCAGCAGCAAUGAUAGCAGCAAACUACUACGCUUUGAAGGUGGCCGAUUUGGCAAGUGUCGCAGCGUCGAGAACUACGAUAAGCUUAACGACAUCGAGGAGGGCGCAUACGGCUGGGUGGCGCGGGCGCGCGAGAUCGAGACCGGCAAGGUGGUUGCCCUGAAGAGACUUAAGAUUGACCCCAAAGAUCGCAGCGGCCUGCCGGUUACUGGGUUGAGAGAGAUUCAGAUCUUGAAGGAUUGCAGCCACAGGAACAUCGUCAAGCUUAAGGAGGUGGUGGUAGGCGACGACACGAGCAAGAUUGAGAACAUCUUCAUAGUCCUCGAAUUCCUCGAACACGACCUCAAGUCCAUCCUCGAAGACAUGCCCGAGCCCUUCCUCGCCUCCGAAGUGAAGACCCUCCUUCUCCAGCUCUGCUCCGGCAUCGCCUACCUGCACUCGCACUACAUCCUGCACCGGGACCUCAAGACCUCCAACCUUUUGCUCAACAACCGAGGCCAGCUCAAAAUCGCCGACUUCGGCAUGGCCCGCUACGUGCCCGAUCCGCCUCCUCCGAAACUCACCCAGCUAGUCGUCACCCUCUGGUACCGCGCCCCCGAGCUUCUUUUGGGAGCCGCCCGCUACGGCCCCGAAAUCGACAUGUGGUCCGUAGGCUGCAUCUUUGGCGAGCUUUUGACGCGGGAGCCUCUCUUACAAGGAAAAAAUGAAGUCGACGAACUAACCAAAAUCUUCGAACUAUGCGGUUUACCAACCGACGAUUCCUGGCCUGGAUUCCGGCGCUUACCCAACGCUCGCUCUCUCCGCCUGCCCUCUACCACUUCCAGUACCUCCUUCUCAAACCCCACCACAACAGCUUUAAUAAGAGCUAAAUUCCCCCUCCUCACCACCGCCGGCGUCUCUUUACUCGCAUCCCUCUUAUCUCUAAACCCCGCCAAAAGACCCACAGCACACGAAAUGCUCGACCACGAAUAUUUUCGCCAGGAACCCAAGCCGAAACACGAGGCCAUGUUCCCUACGUUUCCCAGCAAAGCCGGGCAGGAGAGGCGCAGGAAGAGGGAGACGCCGAAUGCGCCGCAGCGAAACCAGAAGGGUAACGAGAGCGGGAUCGUCGAUUUUAGUUCGCUUGCGGUUGGGGGCAUUUUUGGAGCGGGGAGGGAGAGGGAGGAGCGGGGUGGGGGGUUUAGUUUGCGGAUGGUUUAG